AUGGAAAAGCAAAAGCAAAAGCUAUUCUCUUCGGCCUAUCAUCUUUCUCAUUCUUCAACCUCCAUCCUCAGCCGCAAUGGUCUCCUCCUUUUUGUCUCUCUCCUCGUUUUCCUCGGUGUGUUCUUACCCUUGUUCCUGUUUCCAAACACAUACUCUCCUUCUUCUUUGCCCUCCAAAUGGAACGACUAUUCCCUUGCUAGAGCCGCCAAAUUCGUCGCUAAGAAUGGUACUUUGAUCGUCUGCACCGUAAGCUAUCCCUUCUUCCCUUUCCUCAAUAACUGGUUGAUUAGUGUCUCGAGGCAGAAGCAUCAGGACAAGGUUCUCGUGAUCGCUGAGGAUUACGCUACUCUAUACAAAGUCAACUCCAAGUGGCCUUGUCAUGCCGUUCUCAUUCCUCCAGCUCUUGAUUCUCAAACCGCACACAACUUUGGUUCCCAGGGUUUCUUCAAUUUUACAUCUCGAAGACCAGAACAUCUCUUAAAACUUUUGGAGCUAGGUUACAAUGUUAUGUACAACGAUGUUGAUAUGGUGUGGUUACAAGAUCCAUUUCCGUAUCUAGAAGGAAACCACGACGUGUACUUCAUGGAUGACGAAACUGCAAUUAAGCCUUUGAGUCACUCUCAUGACUUACCACCUUAUGCUCGAGAUGGAAGGACUAAUAUAUGUAGCUGCAUGAUAUUCUUACGUCCCACUAAUGGUGCAAAGCUUCUAAUGAAGCAAUGGAUUGAGGAAAUUCAUGCACAACCUUGGUCUAAAGAUAAUAAAGGAAAUGAUCAGCCUGGUUUUAACUGGGCACUUGGCAAAACAGCUCAUCAGGUGGAUGUCUACUUGCUUUCUCAAGCAGCUUUCCCAACAGGAGGAGUGUACUUCAGGAACAGGACAUGGGCUAAAGAGACCAAGGGGAAACAUGUCAUAAUCCACAACAAUUACAUUGUUGGUUUCAACAACAAGAUGGAACGUUUCCGACAUUUUGGUCUAUGGCUAGUCGAUGAUCAUGCCCUUGAGUCCCCAUUGGGAAAACUAGAGUAAAUUUAAAUGGCGCUUGUUAUGUAUGAAUGUUAUAUAUGACUUUUUGAAACAUGAAAAACAGAACAUGGUACAAUGAUAACAUAGAUAGAUACUUGUUGAUUAUGAAUGAACAAAAGCAUAUUAUGGUUUCAAAAUACUGGAACAAAAAGGCAAGGACUACAUGCUUUUAUUAAGAAAAGAGAGUUUCGAUGUCUAAGAACCAAGACAGAUGUUUCUGCAUCAUUCAUGUACAGUUUAAACACACAUCUCGAUCAACUCAACAGCAAACAAAAAGGAAACUAAAGACUC